UAAAACCAUUAUACUUCUUCUAAAAUUUCUAAAAUAAGAUAGGAUAUCUACCUUCUUUCCUUCCCAUAUUACAUUCUCUUCACUUUUCUGUAUUAACAUAGUCAAUAAAUCAAUAUUUAUUCCUUCUUUCCCAUUGUACAAUUCAAACCAUUCGUUGCGAUUUUGCGCAAUCAAUCAAUCUUUCCCAGAAUCAGAUAGUGAACCCAAAAAUUCAAUUCAUUCAUUCAUACACGCCCACCAAUCCACGCAUUCAAGAACACAAACACGAACACCAAAAAAUUUAAAACCAUGGAAGCAUUACUUUCUCUCUCUUUCGAUAAUCUUUCUUCCUACGAUGCUUCCAAAAUUCGCAAAGGUCUCCGACAGGUCGAAGGACUAUUAGCCCAAAUUUGUCUGUCCAAUUCUCCCAGAUCUAAUGUCGAUAAACGUCGUUCAGUCAUUGAUCCGGGAAAAGAACCUCCGCCACGAAAAGCCCUGAGUGAACUACCUAAUGAUGCCGCAUUUCGAGAAUUCUUUCGAUUACAAGAGGGUUUCGAGUGGAAUGUCGCUAUGCGAUUGGUUACGUGCUUGGAUCGAUUGAUGGGAAAGACGAAUGAUGGACAAAGUGAUUUGUUAAUCAUUCAAACAUUGGAAUUGAUCCAGGGGGUUCUGUUAUUACAUCCUCCUUCGAGGAGUUUAUUCUCUCGAGAAUUAUACAUGAACCAUCUUCUCGAUCUCCUCGAACCAGUCAAUUGUCCCGCAAUCCAAUCUGCAACCCUUCUCACCCUCGUCUGUUCCCUCAUUGACACCCCCAAAAAUACUCGCACAUUCGAAACGCUCGAUGGUCUCUUAACCAUAACCUCCAUCUUCAAAUCCCGCGAAACAAGUCGCGAUGUAAAGCUCAAACUUGUCGAGUUCCUCUACUUCUACCUCAUGCCCGAAACCCCAUCACUACCAUCCGGCUCAUCAAACUCCAUGGCAAUAAUGCGACGCAGUCCCAGCAAACUCCCCGUUGCAAUCAAUAACCGAGAAGAAUCAGGUAGAAGAAGAGCACACAGUGAAAGCGAACAUACCAAAACACUAGAGGAGAAACAAGAAUUGCUCGGGCGAUAUCUCCAUAAUGUCGAUGAUUUGGUAGCAGACCUUCGAGAAAGUCAUCCUUUUGGAGGAAGUAUUGGAAGUUAAUUUACGCGGUCAAAGGGAGUUGCAUUUCUAAACGAGAUAUGGUGAAGGGGGGGAAUUGUUACAGAUACUCACGCAUGAAGAUUUCUUUCGUACAUUUGGACACGCAUGUCACGCAACGCAUUAAUGGGAGUUUUUGUUUGGUUAAUUGAGAUUGAGGCGUUGGAGGAAGUUUUAUUUAUUUAAUUUUGGCGUACGAGUUUCCUUUAGGAAAUUCAUGAGUGUGAGUCUAGAGUUGUUACCGACAUACCAGUAUCUAGUGCAAAGGAGAGAGUAUAGAUGACCUACAAGGAAGGAGAUGUUUUUCCUCUCCUUCUUUGGAUCUUAAUGUUUACAUGGUAUUGCAUCAAGCUCAUCAAAUAUCAUAUCAUAUCAUUCUCAAUCUCCAUCUAAUACCAAUACCAAUAUCAUAUGAAUAUUUUCACAGGAAUGUACAAUGUACAA